AUGGCUGUCUCCUACCACGUCCGAUCUUGUAGCUUACCAGCUAGGUUACAACCACAUGGCCUUAACCAGAUUCAGCAACUCCUCAACAAGGUUCCUACAGAUAAGAACAAUAGUCUCUCACUUCUCUCAGAGCUCUAUGACUCGGUCUCCAAUCUCUUCAACGACUCACCUUCUUCAUUAUUACUCCCUCAUCAGUCUUUCUUCACACAUCUUCUUGAUCUCUCCCUUGUACACCUUGACUUGUGUUCCAAGCUAAGAGACAUCACUUGCCGUAUCAAAGACUGUCUUCGUGACCUCCGUUCUGCUUUUAGGCGGAGGAGACACGGUGGAGAUUCUACCAUCCGUUGCCACGUUAAAGCCUUUAUCCGCUCUAGAAAAUCGGUUCAUAAAGAUCUCGCGAAGUUACUCUUGUUGCUCAAACAGGUAAAUCAUUCCUCGUCCGGGUCCUCUCAUCCUUUGAUCACACUGCUCCGACAAGUUUGUUCCCAAACAUGUUAUUCCUUUAGGACAGUCUUGUUGUCCUUAUCCACAGUUGUACCAAAACCAAGGCCUUCUAGAUGGACUUUGGUCACUAAAUUGGUGAUCAAGAACGUUACUAGUACUAGUGUUCAAGUUCAGACCGGACACAGAAACGAGUUCCAGAUAAUGGACGAAGAGCUACGAAGAUUCUGCUCUGCUAAAGAGAUAAAGAAGGAACGAAUCAAGUGUGUGAUCACAAACUUGGAGAAGGUAGAUGUUGCGGUUGAAGACCUAGAGGAGUCGCUUGAAAGCUUAUACAGGCGUAUGAUCCAAGCUAGAGUUUCUCUUUUGAACAUACUCUCUUUGCAUAUAUGA